AUGGACGAAAAUACCAGACAUCGAUCGAAGAUAGAAAAAAUAGAAAUAGAAAUUGUUCCAGAAAAUAAUUUGGAAUCUGUUUUAAAUCCAAGCAAUAAACUCACAGAAGACGCUUUUUAUGGUCCAGGAUGUGGAGGCAACCCAUUUCGACGACGUUUGCAGAAACUUUUAAGAAACUGGAUGAAAUUAAUGGCGCAUAGCAACUUAGAAUAUUUUUUAUGCUACGGUUCUUUGAUGGGAUAUCAACGCACUAAAGAUUUUAUACCUUAUGACCACGAUAUAGACAUCUGCCUUAAUGAAAAAGACUUCCCAAGUUUGAUAAAGAAGGAAUCUCAACGCCCUAUCAAUGUACGAGAUAAACUGCCUCACACAAUCAUUGCUCGGAGUUUUGUCAACGGAAAAAGAUUGAAUUGCGAAGGAGUGUUGGUGGACACGAAGAUGGACCCCUGCUCCAUUGUAUCCCCGGCUGCUCGUAUAAUACUAGGCCAGUACAACUUCAUUGAUGUCUAUCUAUACAAAACAGGUCAC